UAUCCAUUAAAAUCGAUUUAUAAAUUUCAAAUACGUUAUAAUUUGUGGGAGUUGUUUCUAUCCCAUUCUAUUUUAUUUGAUUCAUUUAAAAACCAUAACAGUUCAAAUCAAUCAAUUUGUUGCAAAUUCUUCGGAGAUUAUUUGUUUUAUUUUUGAAAAAAACAAUAUUUACAACAAAAAAAAAUUCCCACCACCAUGUCCGAAUCUGUUGCCAAACAUAAUGAUCCUUUGUCCACAGUUUCAGAUGAUGAUGAAGAUUUGUUUGCUUCAGCCUACGAGCAACCAGCUAAGACAGAACAGAAAUUAAAUCAUGAAGAACCUGUGGUUCAACCGCCACCUGUUACAGCAAUGGCUGAUAUUAAUCUUGAUGAUGACGAUCAACAAACAGAUUCUGAACCUAAAGAAAUAAGUAAUGGUGCAAUACCAACACCACCUACACAAAAUUCAUCCAUUCCACAACAUUCUUCGAUUUUGAAUACAUUAGAAUCGGAGAUGAAUACAAUCGAUUUGAAUGAUUCAAAAUUUGAUAAAGAAGAUCAAUCUUCCGUUAAAGAAAUUGAUGAUAAUUUGAAAAAAGAGCCCACAACUACCGGAAUUGCAGGAAUGAAACCACUAGAAACGGUACCAAUUGAAUCACAUCAGGCGGAAUUACCACAGCCAAGUGUAACAGCAGCGACCACUAAAUCUUCACAACAACCGGCUGUUAUAACGCCUAGUCAAAUAACGAUCACUAUUGCUGAACCACAAAAAAUAGGCGAUGGAAUGGGAUCAUAUGUGGUCUAUUCUGUCAGUACCAGAACUACUUUGCCUUAUUUUCGUCGUCAAUCUAUGACUGUAAAUCGACGUUUCUCAGAUUUUCUUGGUCUUCACUCAAAACUAUCAGUGAAACAUGGUCCAUCAGGCCGAAUCAUACCACCACCACCGGCUAAGUCAGCCGUUGGAACGGCCAAAGUCAAAAUGGCUAAAGAUGAUUCAAUUCAUUCCAUGGAUUUUCUUGCUAAACGCCGUGCUGCUUUAGAACGUUACCUUCAACGUACUGCUGAACAUCCGGUUCUUUGUUCUGAUCCAGAUUUUCGUGAAUUUCUCGAACUUGACACAGAAUUGCCUCGAUCAACAUCUACAUCGGCUUUAAGUGGUGCCGGUUUGAAACGAAUGUUUUCGCUCUUUGGCGAUACAGUCAAUAAAAUGACAUUCCGUAUGGAAGAAUCUGAUCCGGUAAGCUUUAAUCAAAAUGGAUUUGUCUUUUGGUUCGAAUCGAAACAACAACAAAUUGAAAUAUUGGACACUCAAUUUCGUAAAUUAUAUGCGGCCGUUGAAUUGUUGAUCUAUAAUCGAAAAGAAUUAUCAACAUCAUUGGGCGUUCUGGGUAAAGGAACUGCAUUGAUCGGUCAUGAUGAAAACAAUGUAUCAUUGUCGUGUGCGCUAUCACAUUUGGCUGCAACACAUGAAAAAGUGGAAAAAAUUUAUGAAACACAGGCAAAUCAUGAUUUUCUUUAUCUAUCCGAAUUAUUACGCGAUUAUAUUGGCAUGAUUGGAGCUGUACGUGAAGCAUUCCACGAACGUGUAAAAUGUUUCCAAAAUCUGACUACUUUGGAACAAACUUUAACUCGAAAACAAGAAUCAAAAGCAAAAUUAGAGUUAACAUUGAAAAAUGAACGUCCUACAUCACCGCAAAUUGAUGAUGAAAUUCGUGAUCUUCAAGAACGUUCAGAAAAAGCAAAGGAAGAUUUCGAAAAAAUAUCCGAAACGAUCAAACAGGAAUUCGAACGUUUUGACAUCAGUCGUUUACGAGAUUUUCGUAACAAUUUUCUCAAAUACAUGGAAUCCUUGUUACAAACACAGGAGGCAUUGAUUGAAUGUUGGGAAACAUUCUUACCCGAAGCCAGGUCAAUUUCGGCCUAAAAAA